AUGUCGAAGCUUUCUAGUAGCCUCAAGGCAUUGAUCAAUGCCCCUACAGCCCGCCCGUUCACUGUGCCCGCCCCGGCAAAUAUAACCUCGGUCUACCAGAAGAUCCAGCAAACAGCGCAAUCAAACCACGUUUCGCAGCCAUCAUGGGUCGCGCUAUCGACCGCAGCAACCAUGACCAUGAACUCCCCAGACUCCCUCACAGCCCUGUUCGAUCUCGCCGCCGCGGAUAAGCAAGUCGAGACCGCCGAGCUGAUCCGAGAGGUCGGUCUGAAGUGUAUCAGCUUCAAUGGCAUCCCCCGCACAAUCAACUGCCUCGGAGCCUUCAAAUCCAGCUUACCAGACUCAGUCGAGAGCAAGCUCUCGCGCACACCUACCCGUGCCCCAACCCCAGAGAACAUCUCUGGUAUCAGUGAGCGCGGCCACGCCCUCUGGGACUCAAUCUAUCGGCCCUUUGAGAAGAAGCUGUUCAAUAAGCUUGCUGAGUCGCACCCGGAUUUGCCCGUGCAUAUCUUGCAUGCCAACUACGGCGCUCUGCUCUCGGACCCGGAGCGUAGUACGGGUGCGUCUGCGGGACGCAUCUUGACUUCCAUUGUUGCUGUCGCGUGUCUGAGGUCCCAGUCUGGUGUGGGACCUCAGGUGACAUCGCAUCUCUUCGGUCUGAGAAAGGCGCUUGAAGAUGGGUCUUGGGCUAGUGAUGUUGAGGGGGGAGCAAGGGGCUCGUUGGUUGGCGAGCGAUGA